AUGAAAACCGACCUGGAGCUCGCCUUGGAGUGUGCCAUCAACAUCUACCACCAGCACGCCAUCAAGAACCCCAUCGAUGACUACCUGGACAAGACCGAGUUCUCCGAGCUGCUGAAGGAGAACGCCAAGCCCUUCCUCCACGACACUGCACCACCCAACAUGUCCAUCGAUGACUACAUCGGAAAGCUCUUUGCCAAAGCAGAUAAGAACCACGACGGCCGCCUGAAGUUCACCGAGUUCCUCACCACGCUGAAUCUCAUAGUCAUUGAUGCCCACAACAGGUCCCACAAGCAUCCAGAUGGUGGUGAUGGUCACAGCCAUGACCAUGGCCACGGUCAUGACCACGACCAUGGUCACAGCCAUGACCACGGCCAUGGUCCCCGCCAUUGA